GUACACCCGAUUUGUGAGGGUGCACACCUGCCAACAAGCUUCAAUUGUAUUGCUCAUAGUCAUAGCUCUACAGAUACGUACGUAGUAGCUAAGCAACCAAGGUGAAGCAUCAAACGUAUAAACACCUCCUUCCCCCUCCACCGAAAACAUCUUCUCUUCCUUCCUCAUCAUUCCAUCGAUCAAACAAUCAAUCACAUUCCUCUUUUGGUUGUCUUGGUUACUUCUUAACCUAGACAUCUCAUAUCAUCUUCCCCUCAUCCUCUAGCAUCUCACUCAUCCUACAAAUAAGCUUCGAGCUUCCUCUAUUACCCCUCCAUAUCAACCUUUAUCUCACCUAACAAUUUACCGAUCAAUCCGCAAUCAUGAGCAACUCCAACCUCCAAAAGCCAAUUGACGUGGCUGAAUACCUCUUCAAGCGUCUCUACGAAGUCGGUGUUCGAUCUGUUCACGGUGUUCCCGGUGACUACAACCUCGUCGCCCUCGACUAUCUUCCUCAAUGCAACCUCAAGUGGGUCGGCAGUGUUAACGAGCUUAACGCUGGUGAGUUUCAUCAUGACUUCAUCAACAACCUCAAAGCACCAUCUCACUAACAUAACAAUCUUAGCCUACGCUGCUGAUGGGUAUGCCCGUGUCACCAAGAUGGCUGCUCUCAUCACCACCUUCGGUGUUGGUGAGCUCUCUGCCGUCAACGGUGUUGCUGGCUCUUACUCCGAGCACAUCCCCGUCGUCCACAUUGUUGGAUGCCCUUCUACCAUCUCUCAGCGUGACCAGAUGCUUCUUCACCACACUCUCGGAAACGGUGACUUUGAUGUCUUUGCCAACAUGAGCGCUCAAAUCUCUUGCAACGUCGCCAAGCUCAACAAGCCCUCCGAGAUUGCCGAGCAGAUCGAUACUGCUCUCCGCACUUGCUGGCUCCGCUCUCGUCCCGUCUACAUCAUGGUCCCUACCGAUAUGGUCCAGGAGAAGGUUGAGGGUGCUCGACUUGACACCCCCAUCGACCUGUCUGAGCCUCAGAACGACCCCGGUAACGAGGACUUCGUCGUUGAUGAGAUCCUCAAGGCUAUGUACGCUGCUCAGCGCCCUGUCAUCCUUGUCGACUCUUGUGCUAUCCGCCACCGUGUUGUCAAGGAGGUUCACCAGCUCAUUGACAAGCUCGACCUUCCCGUCUUUGUUACCCCCAUGGGUAAGGGUGCUGUGAACGAGGACCACCCCAACUAUGGUGGUGUCUUCGCUGGUGACGGCUCUCAUCCCGCUCGUGCCCAGUCUAUCGUUGAGGGCUCUGAUCUCCUUCUCACCAUUGGUGCUCUCAAGAGUGAUUUCAACACCACCGGUUUCUCUUACCGCACAUCACAAAUCAACUCUGUUGAUUUCCACAGUACUCACUGCAAGGUCCGCUACUCCACAUACCCCGGCGUUGCCAUGCGUGGUGUCCUCCGCAAGAUCAUCGACCGAGUCGACCCCAAGUCUAUGCCCGCUCCUUCUAUCCCUGAGGUCAGGAACGAGGUCGAGAUGAACACCGACGACUCUGAGAUCAUCACACAGGCCUGGCUCUGGCCCCGUGUCGGCGAAUACCUCAUCCCCAACGACAUCGUCGUCACUGAGACUGGUACCGCUAACUUCGGUAUCUGGGACACUCGAUUCCCCCGCAACGUCACCGCCCUCAGCCAAGUUCUCUGGGGCAGCAUCGGCUGGUCCGUUGGUGCUUGCCAGGGUGCCGCCCUCGCUGCUAAGGAUGCUGGCAAGGAAGGCCGAACAAUUCUCUUUGUUGGUGAUGGAUCUUUCCAAUUGACCGCUCAGGAGCUGAGCACCAUGAUCCGACAUCACCUCAAGCCCACAAUUUUCGUCAUCUGCAACGAUGGCUUCACCAUUGAGCGAUUCAUCCACGGUAUGGAUGCUGUCUACAACGACAUCAACAACUGGAAGUACAAGGACCUCGUCAGCGUCUUCGGCGGCGAGAAGACCUGCAAGACCUUCCAGAUCAAGACCAAGACUGAGCUCAACGAGCUCCUCACCAACAAGGAGUUCAACGCUGCUGAGUGCUUGCAAUUCGUCGAGCUCUACAUGCCCAGAGAGGAUGCUCCUCGCGCUCUGAUCAUGACUGCCGAGGCCAGUGCUAGGAACAACGCUAAGAAGCACUAAACGGUUACUCAAGAAAGAGUGAAAUUUGAUAGACGGGGUUUUGGAAAACGUUCCUGGAGAACAUAAUAAUGAUUUAAGUGGUUUAUGGUUUAUACUAUAGAGUGGCGGACGAUGGUUUAUGUUUUAUGUGCCUCAAAUUGAAAAGCGAUUUUCUUAUAUCUUUAAUAUUCUCUUAUCUAACUGGUGAUGGCUAGCUAUAUUAUUGGUUGUCGACAACUUGGUGACGCAUGUUUACAACGUUGUUAUUCAAACUCUACUGAAAUAAUUCGAAUGAACAUAACUUAUGAACGAGUUAACCUUUUAAUCUCAAAGUCUGCGGCAUCUGAAGAUGUGGGCUGUGAUAUGCUUCAUCAUGC